AUGGCCCACUACGGCACUACGGUCUGGUAUACGCGCGUCCUGGACUGGACCCCGGAAGCGGAUGAUGGAGCGUGGCGGGCUCGAGCGGCGAGUCUUGAAUCCUACAACUCGUCGCAAGAAAGCGGAGCUGUACAGAUGCUGUCUGUGCGAGAGCAGUGGAGGAUGAAGUCGCCUUCAAAGCAGAUCGAGCCGACCGACAGUCAGUCCUAUUAA